AUGCAAGAAAUGCCUCCCCACGCUCCAUCAUGCAAGAAAUGCCUCCCCACGCUCCAUCCUGCAAGAAAUCCCUCCCCACGCUCCAUCAUACAAGAAAUCACUCACUGCGCUCUAUCAUGCAAGAAAUCCCUCCCCACGCGCCAUCAUACAAGAAAUCCCUCCCCACGCUCCAUCAUGCAAGAAAUGCCUCCCCCACGCUCCAUCAUACAAGAAAUGCCUCCCCACGCUCCAUCCUGCAAGAAAUCCCUCCCCACGCUCCAUCAUACAAGAAAUCACUCACUGCGCUCUAUCAUGCAAGAAAUCCCUCCCCACGCUCCAUCAUGCAAGAAAUGCCUCCCCACGCUCCAUCAUGCAAGAAAUCCCUCCCCACGCUCCAUCAUGCAAGAAAUGCCUCCCCACGCUCCAUCAUGCAAGAAAUGCCUCCCCACGCUCCAUCAUGCAAGAAAUGCCUCCCCACGCUCCAUCAUGCAAGAAAUCCCUCCCCACAGUCCAUCAUGCAAGAAAUCCCUCCCCACGCUCCAUCAUGCAAGAAAUCCCUCUCCACGCUCCAUCCUGCAAGAAAUUCCUCCCCACGCUCCAUCAUGCAAGAAAUCCCUCCCCACGCUCCAUAAUGCUAGAAAUCCUCCCCACGCUCCAUCAUGCAAGAAAUCCCUCCCCACGUUCCAUCAUGCAAGAAAUGCCUCCCCACGCUCCAUCAUGCAAGAAAUCUCUCCCCACGCUCCAUCAUGCAAGAAAUCACUCACUGCGCUCUAUCAUGCAAGAAAUCCCUCCCCACGCUCCAUCAUCCAAGAAAUCCCUCCCCACGCUCCAUCAUACAAGAAAUCACUCACUGCGCUCUAUCAUGCAAGAAAUCCCUCCCCACGGUCUAUCAUACAAGAAAUCCCUCACCACGCCCCAUCAUGCCAAUUUUCCCCAACUGCGCUCCAUUAUGGCAAUUCUCCUUCAACACGCUUCAUUAUGCCAGAAUUCAACAUCAGCACCACGCAACAACGCAUAGAAAAAAAUGACUAA